AUGUAUCCAUCUAUCUCAGUUUAUUCAUAUCUAUCUAUCUAUCUAUCUAUCUCACUCUGUUUAUAUCGAUCGAUCUAUUUUAGUCUUUUCUUAUGUAUGUCAGUCUGUAUGUAUAUAUGUAUGUAUGUAUAUAUCUCUAUCUAUCUAUCUAUCUAUCUAUCUAUCUAUCUAUCUCAGUCUGUUCAUAUCUAUCUAUCUAUGCUUUUGAUCGAUUUUCUUACUCCUUCUUUUAUUAUAUUCCUUUUUUUUAAUGUACAUAUACGUGUGUCUACAUACGAAAUGUUGAUUGCCAAUAUAUUCCACUCGCCUUGUGUGAAUUUAAGCCACUAUCUAUCUAUCUAUCUAUCUAUCUAUCUAUCUAUCUAUCUAUCUCAUUUUAUUCAUAAUCUUGGGACUCUUCAGAGUUUGUUCAAAGCUAAAUAUUUCACUCUGUUCAUCUAUCUAUCUAUCUAUCUAUCUAUCUAUCUAUCUAUCUAUCUAUCUAUCUAUCUCAGUCUAUUCAUUUCUCUCGGAAUACGUCCAUGUUUUUCACGCUAUUGUUCCACUACAAAACGACUCAAAAGCCACUCAAUGUAG